UCCAAUGGCCUUGGGAAGAAGAAAAAGAAGCAGUAAAAGAAGAAAGAAUUGAAGAACGCCCUUUUAAAUCGGCUCCACGGGCUCCGGGAUACGCGCGCACGGCGGCCAGGGCCCCGGCGGCCUCGGUGGCAUGCUCGUGGACUUGCCCCUGGAGGGCGCCCUUCACCACGGCCACGGCGCGCACGGCGCGCUGGGUGCCUCGGCCAGCGGCUCGGACCGCGCGGACGUGUUCGGCCUGGGCGCGCUGCCCCUUCCCGUCCAUGGCGAGAGCUCGCCCGUGCUCAUGGACCGCUUCACGUGCGGGCUGUGGGCCUCCUUCGCGCUCGCCUCCGUCUUCGUGGCCGGGACCAAGUUCUACCUAGACUUCCAGAGCUCCGGCAUGGAGGCGAUGGUGCUGUCGCUGCUGCUCAUGAUCUUCCUCAUGGUUGGCUGCACGGCCUCUAUAUGCCGCGCCCGGGUCAACUCCCAGCUCGCGGCGGCCGCGGCGGCGGCCACUGCCUCGGCGCUCAGGGGGGAUACGGGCUCGUCCGGCCUGCGCCGGACCCACCUCGGGGACUCCGACGAGCUCGUGGAGGUGGUGAUCGACCGGCCGCCCAUGUCGAUGGGCAUGGAGAACGUGCCCUGCGUGGCGCUGGCGUCCGGGCAGCAGACCCAGCAGCACCAGCUGCUGCAGCAGGUGCAGCAGGAGCAGCUGGCAGAACAGCAGCUGAGCACGGAGCCGCCGCCGCCCUACCACAUCGCCAUGCUGGACGAGCAGCCUCCCCCUGCCUACGAGAAGGUCGUCACGUAGGUGACCCCGGCCCAGGCUGCGGGUGCUCCGGUUGUGAUAAGUCUUCCCCUGGUGACCAGUGUCGGGCCGGCCCUCUAAGUCACACUCGCCAGAAGAACUUUCUGUGGCCGCGAGUAUUCGAACACGGUGCCGUCAGAGUUUGUCAGUCAUCGCUCCUCUUCUCACGACACCCAAGUGUCGCAUUCGUGUUCAAAUACGGGAACAAGCGGGGCGUGAUCCCUCGAUUUCUUCCCUUUUUUUAAGUUUAUUGUAUUUUUAUCCCCCUGGCUCUCCUCUCCGCUUGUCCUACCCCUGCCUGUGUUGUUGUUCUCGUUCUGAGCGAGAGGGGGAGAGGCGCAAAGUUCACACCCCUGCAACAUGCAACACCCCCCAUAGCUGCCUGCGUGCAGCGCUAGUAUAAACUGUGAUUUAGAGUAAGAAUUUAGACA